AAGCUGCACUAAUUCAACAGUUGGAAGAGGAACUUCGAAUGGCUCAUAUGCGUAAUCCUGAUGUUGAUGUACAACAACAUUUAGAAGCUCUUUACACAGAAAAAGAACAUAUGACAAAAGAAAUUUUUCUUCUCAGGGAAACAAUAAAGGAAAUGGAAGUGCGAAUGGAAGCUCAAAAACAAACAUUAGCUGCAAGAGAAGAAAGUAUAAAAAAGUUAAUGGAAAUGCUUCAGAAUAAAGGAAUUGGAAACAAAUUAAUGGAAGAAGAAAGGAAAGAAGUGGAACGUUUAAAAACUAAACUAAUUGAAACAGAAGCCAGAGCUUGCCAUCUUGAAAAUCUCUUAGAAGUUCGGGAUAAAGAUGUUGGAAAAUUAAAAGAGAUGGAUGAAUUACGUAUUGAACUCAAUAAGAGAGAUCAAGAAAUAUUAGCCAUGGGAGCAAAAAUGAAAACAUUAGAGGAACAGCACCAAGACUACCAACGGCAUAUAGCAGUAUUAAAAGAAUCACUUUGUGCGAAAGAAGAACAUUAUAAUAUGCUUCAGGCAGAUGUGAGAAAUAUUAUGUUGAAGAAUUAAGACAAAGAUUAGAAGAAAAGAAUAAAUUAAUAGAAAAGAAAACACAACAAGCUAUGACUGCUACUCAAGAACGUAAUCGCUUAGCACAGGAAGUUCAAGAAUUAAGGGACCAUAUGGAUAUUAAAGAUAGGAAAAUAAAUG